UUCCUCUUUAAGACAGUGUUUCUGAUCUCGGCAGGAGGCCCGGGAAGCAGAGAUGGUGGUUCGGAGGGGACGCAACAGCAUAGGGCUGCGUUCCUUGCCCUUCUCCAGGAAGGUCUCCUAUUUCGACGGCGAGUUCGAGAGGUUGUACCAGCGCCGGGUUCUCCCUGCCUCCGGCCCCGAAUACUGCCGGCUUAUGGAGCCCCUGCUCCGGUGCUGCACACCCCCGAGACACCGCAGCUGCAGCCGGGCCCGGGGCAGGCUCGCUCUCGCAGCCGGAGUCCUGCUCUUACUCGGCUGCAUCCUGCUCUGCAGCCGCCCCGGAUCCAAAUUUAUGAGUUACUGCGGCCGGGCUUUCCUCAUUCAGGUAUGUCAACGAUAUCCCAAAGUGGAAUUUCUGCACAAAGUAGAUCCAAAAGUUGUUCUCCAGAAUUAUCUACGUCAGAAUCUACCUGUCAUAAUAACAGAUGGGGCAGAAGAAUGGGUUGCACAGAGAGAGUUUACUCUGCCAUUCCUAACUCAGUUAUACAGUGGUCACCCAGUUCUGCAGAGCACAGAAGUGUGCAGUUAUUGGGACUCUCUUCACUCGGUGGAGAAUAAUCCUAUGGCCUUCUUUGAAAAAGUCCGUCAACAGAGGCUUAACCAGUGGGCAGUUCAGUGGAAGAAUUGCAACAAAGCAGCUGCAAAGGUAAUCCGUGCAUUUUAUCAACGACCCUACUUCCUUCCUCCGGUAGUGGAACUGGCAGAGUCCAACUGGUUGCUGAUGGCAUCACACGAAGAGAAUGACGCUGUAGAGGACACAUUUGUCAAGGUGAAAGAUCAUGAUGGGGACUUGUUGAUGUGGAUUGCUCAGCUACAGGGAAUCUUUGAAGUUCAACUCUUACCCAAAGACAUAUGUGCAAGCAAAUGCACCCAUUAUACCUUGAAGCUCUCUCCUGGAGAGAUAGUUGCUAUACCACUUCAGAUGUGGGAUGUUCAGUAUCGUCCAUUUAGUUCCAUUGCCAUAGGACUUGCUGCAACAGGUAACUGGCUUCAAGAUCCCAGGUAAUGAUGCAAGACAUGACUCCACAAGGCCGUACAUCUUGCCUAAGGAAAUAUCAGAUUUGGACUGGCUAAGUUGAUGCCUGAUUCUCUGACCUUGAAUCUGUAUUCUUGGAGAGACCAUCCAAUUUUAUUUGUCUUGAUAGAGCUCUGAUAUUUAGAAUGUUUAAAUCCUUAUUUUUGUGGGGUUUCUAUAAGUCCAGAAUAAUGAUAAGGUUGGCCCAUUGGAUGAUAAAGGGAUAUCUAGACUUCAAGCAGUCAUUAUAGUUGGGGCCCAAAUUAAUUCAGAAGGUAAGAAAAAAAUGCUACAUUGAGUUGGAUAUUUUCUUAUCCAUUUAAAAAGCUGGUCCACUGGUACAAAUUUAAUUGACAAUAAAAUUCUGAACCUCGUAUUCAAAGGAAUUGCAGUACAAAUAAGGGAAAACAAUGCUCCUUCAGUUAUGCAUAACAUUUUCAAGGGACCAAAUGGAGCGUUGCAAAGAGUUUUAAACACCAUACUUUAGGAAGGAUACUUUGGUGUAGGAGGGGAAUUUGGCAUAAAUUCACCAGAAUAAUGCUGGGAUUUACAGGGCUAAAUUGAAGACAAGCUGCCUUGACUUUAGAAGAUUAAGAGGUAACCUGACAAGGAUAGGAGUAGCUAUGAAAAAACUAUUUUUAACUGAGGAAUCCAGAAUAAGUGUGCACGAUCUUAAACUUGGAGCUCUCCCACUUAGGAGUAACAUCAGAACGGACAUUUUCUACAAAGAUAGUGAAAUCUGGAACAACUUAAAGGCUGUGGAUAUGGAAUUAUUGACAUUUUCAAAACUGAGCUCAAUAUAUUAUAUUUUUGUUAUGUCAGUGUAUCAAAAGGUUGAGGGAAAAAAGAGGUGAGGUACAGAUCAAGUAUGAUCUAACAAAGGAGCUGAAUAGCUUGAUCCUGUUCCUUUGAUUAAAUUUUUGCCAGUAUGCUCCCCUUAAGUUGUUCAUAAUUUUUCAUUCAAACUGCUUAAACUAAAUCCUCUCCUCUUGGUAGACAUGAAAAUGUAAUAAAUCUUCCUGCUUUUGAAGCUUUUUUUAAAAAAGGACAGUGCAGCAGAAAUUGGUUCAUUUUUAAAUGGAGACAGAGGGCUGCUGAUCUGAGGAGGAAGGGUACUAAUCUCUAGUUGGACAACACUCUUUCUUCCUCUGAAGACCAGAGUAUAACAACGAUGUGUACCUGAAGGAGCUGCAGUUCUGAGGAGGGAAGAGAAAAAAUCUUAAAAUUUUUCAGCAGUAGUGGAGGGCUACAAAGCUGUCUAGGGGAUCGUGGCUGUGGACUGCAGACAGACAUUAAGGCAGUUCUCUGUAGGCAAAUCUCCAUGUCAUGAUUGGGAAAGUAUUUCAUAUGUGAAAGGAGAAGUGACUUCAGAAAAAUAUUAGAGGAAGGGAUCUGUGAAUCUCUGCAACAGAAAUAUGGCUGCAGAUCUCUUGGAAUAGGAGCCUGUUGGUUUCUAAUUGAUUAGGGGUGGCACAGUGGCUUGGUGGUCAGCACUGCUACCUCUCAGCCCCAGAGACCUGGGUUUGAUUCCACCCUCGGGCAACCGCCUGUGUGGAGUUUGCACAUUCUCCCCGUGUCUGCAUGUGUUUCCUCCCACAGUCCAGAGAUGUGCAGGUUAAGUGGAUUGCCAUGCUAAAUUACUCAUAAUGCCCAGGUGUAUAAAUUAAAUGGAUUAGCCACGGGAAAUGCAGGGCUACAGGGGCAUGGCUCUAGGUGGGAUGCUGUUUGGAGGGGCUGUGUGCAUUCGUUCGGCCAAUUGGCCUAUUUCCACACUAGGGAUUCUGUGAUUCUGCAAAACUACAAAUGUUAAGAUUCAGCAUAUGAGAAAUGAAUUUAUUGGAAGUAUUUUUAGAUUGAGGAAUAGAUACACAGUUCUUGAAAUCAGGUAAUUUGACUAGUUUACUUUGUACCUAGUUAACUUGUGUUUUUUUACAUGCCUUGGCAUGUAAGUAAACUGAAGUUAAUCAAAGGGAAUAUGGCUUUGUUCGUAGCUGAGAGAUUCUGGGGACAGGGUUUUAGAUGAGGAAUGGUAAAUCAGAAACAGAGUGCAAGUACAGAAUGAUCAAUUGCAAGGUGAAAAUUCCAAGGAAAAGGGAUCAGUAAAUACAGCUGAAACAUGGACUGAGUAGCCUGUUACAACCAGGUGAGAAGGCGUAAACUGGCUCCCCUCUGUUCACCCUCUCCCACUGACCACAACAGAAGUUUAUAUACUUUUUGCACAAAGCCAUACCCCCAUGUAAUUAGAGAAAUACUUUUUGCUGUGAGCAAUAAGGAUCCAAUUAGUGAGGCUUCCUUGAGCCAAGGAAAGAGUAGAUUUAUUAACUGACUGUUAAAGCAGAGGAAAAUAAUGAAGAAAAUUACUCGGCACCCCCGAUUCAAAGUUUAAGGGGAAUAGUGUCAACCGCAAAGGAAAAUAAAAGACUAUACGGUUUAGAGUUCUUCGUGUGUCCCUGAGACACGAGGUUUAAACCUGAAGUUAAUUGUUAAGAACUGAUUUCCUGGAUGCAGUAAGUCAUAGCAAUUGUUCUAAUUGCUGAAAAUUCUUUGUUCCUUGAUAUAACAGUCAUUGAAACAGUAACAUUUUGUAAUUGAUGCCAACUUUUAGACAGAGAGAAAAUGGAGGCAGCAGCUUCAAUUAUGAGCCAAACUGCUCUGAAAGCCUUUGAAAUUCCAGUUCUUGUGUUUAUUUCCAAGAGGACCAUUCGGAUAGUCUCUCUAUGACAGCCAUCGUGUCAAUGUCUUCCUGAGAUAGUGACAGGUUUCAAAGGAUGAAAACCUGGCUAUAAUCCCAUUAAUCCAUUACAACAAAGAGGUUUGACAGUCCACUUUCAGAGUUUCCCUGUUUCCUUUAUUAUUGAUACAGGAGUUCAGUUUUCCUCUUUGCAUAAUGAGCUUUUGCUUUAAGUCUUUGUUCCAGUAGUACCUUUAGUAAAGAAGUCUCACCCCAUGUGGACAUGUUUAAAGGUCUUGUUGUGAAUUAUACUUUCUAAAUGAUUAAUUUUCAUGUGCAGAUACAUACCUUUUGUGUAGACUUUAAGUGUGGUUAUUAGAAAUUCCUUUGUAUCUUCCAUUAAACUUGGCCAACUUCAGGUCAGGUGGGCAGCAUGGUGGCACAGUGGUUAGCACUGUGUUGCCUCACAGCACCAGGGACCCAGGUUCAAUUCCAGCCUCGGGCGACUGUCUGUUUGGAGUUUUCACAUUCUUCCCAUGUCUGCGUGGGUUUCCUCCCACAGUCAAAAAGAUUUGCAAGCUAGGUGGAUUGGCCAUGCUAAAUUGCCUGUAAUGUUCAGGGAUGUGCAGGUUAUAGGCGAAUGGGUUUGUCUGGUGCUCGGAGGGUCGGUGUGGACUUGUUGGGCCAAAGGGCCUGUUUCUACACUGUAUGGAUUCUAUGAUUCUAAGUGAUUCCGGCAACUGUUUUAAAGUAUCUGAGCUGAUUUCUAAAUGUUUUUCUCUCACCCUGAAGUUCACAGUUAAUUGAUUAACAUUUUAGAUUAAUAAUCUGUAUUUUGUUAUCAUGACAGUCCAGCUAUAUUAAUUGUCUCCAAUUGAGAAUGAUAAUCAUUUUGUUUGAGUAUGAGAUAAAGCUCAUUUCUCAGUACUGAACUGUUUAUUACAAUAGCUUUAAUCUCAUCCUGUGCAGACAAUCUAAUCAAAGUUCAUGUUCGAUAGCAGGAAUUCUGAUUAAGCCACAGAACAGUGAUCUCAAACAGCAUCUUGCUAUGGCUUAACCUGUGAUUUAUUAGAGCCAAUCUACAUGUUAUCCAUUUAAAUUAUUUCUCAGGAGGUCAAAGAGUGAAUUUUAAAUUGAUGUUUUAGAAAGACGAACAAUAAAUUUAUUUAAUUUUAAUUUUUAAA